AUGCCCGGCGCAGAGAAGAAAUGGGGCCCUCUCGAGGAGCGAGACCUCGCCAUGGCGGUCAUCCUCACCCAGCACGGCGAGCGCCCCAAGUAUGACUGGGUUAGAAUCCAGGAAAUGAUGGAGGCCUGGGGCUAUACCUUCAGCCGCGAUGCCAUCACGCAGCGCUGGAGCAAGAAGAUCAUGAAGGACUUCAAGGAGCGCCACGGCGCCGACGCGGUCAAGAGCGGACCGUCCGUUUCUGCGGCUUCCACCCCUCAGAAGCCAACCCCCCGGAAGAGAACCGCCAAGCCCAAGGUUGUCAAGGACGAGGACGACUCCGACUCGGAGAAGAAGGCCAAGCCCGUCUCGGCCAAGAAGCGAAAGCUCGCCAAGGAGUCUGAUGAUGAUUCCGACCGCGACACUCAAAAGGCCGCUCCUGGAGACGUGGAUUUUGACUCUGGUGUUUAA